AUGAUGAAAAAUUUACUUUUUUUAGCUUUAUGCUUUGCUUUAUUGUCAGUUUCAAUUUGUGAUAUUUCAAUAUCAAUUUCACAAAUUCAAACUGGUUCCUGGGACAGUCACUCUGCAUGGGAAGUGACAUUAAUAAAUACCGGAACAAGACCAAUAAUUGAUGCAACACUUGUAGCUGAAUCAAAUUUAAUUCUUGAUAAACCAGAAAAUAUUUGGUCAAUGGAAUUAAUUUCACCAAAUAAAUAUCAUUUCCCAUCAUGGAUAACCCAAAAUGGUGGUCUUAAUAGUGGAGCAAAGCACACCUUUGGUUAUAUUAAUAAUAGUGGCGCACCAGCUGCAUUCUCAGUUUGCGAUGUUAGAAAUUAA